CCGUUUUCUCGUAUCUCAAUUAAAUUUUUGAGAUAAUUAUUAUAUCGUAAUGGCAUGAGUUAAUUUUUACGUACCUAGAUUAAAUUUAUAGAAUAUUUAUUAAAUAUAUUCGUAUAUUUAUUAUCUCCUGGCAAAAUUCACCAAAUAUUUGUGGCCUCCUAGAUAUUGGUUGAAAAAUUGUACAAACCUUUUUUUUUUUCUUAUUUGGGUUCAAUGAUUUAGUAAAGGUUUAACUCAAAUAUUGUGGUGAUCUCGAGUGGUCUUCUUUCUGCUCUGGGAGUUUUCUUUCUCGGUUUCUAUUCAUACUUAAGUUGAAAAAUUCUCCCAGUUUCCCUUCAAUUUUGCUGGUUAAGCAUUUUUGUCGGUUCAGUGAUCUGUGAAGUUUAGCUCUUAUCUGAAGUCUGGUGUGAUGGUGAGUUCCGAGAGCUUAAGUGGGUCUGCUGCACCACAGCCAAAGAAAUAUGGUGUUACAAAUCCAUUAUCUCUUGCUGGGCCGACUGAGGCAGAUCUUCAAAGAAAUGCAGAACUAGAAAAGUUUUUGAGGGAAUCAGAACUGUAUGAGAGUGAGGAAGAGACUUCAAGGAGAGAAGAAGUACUGCAGCAACUUGACGAGAUUGUAAAACUAUGGGUGAAACAAUUGACUCUCCAGAGAGGCUAUCCAGAUCAAAUGGUUGAGGAUGCAAAUGCUAUCAUAGUCACCUUUGGCUCUUAUCGCCUAGGGGUUCAUGGACCAGGAGCUGACAUUGACACAUUGUGUGUUGGUCCCUCUUAUGUCAAUCGAGAAGAAGAUUUCUUUAUCCUUCUUCAUGAUAUUUUAGCUGAAAUGGAAGAAGUUCGUGAACUUCAACCAGUUCCUGAUGCUCAUGUCCCUGUUAUGAAAUUCAAAUUUCAAGGGAUAUCAAUUGAUCUUCUUUAUGCAAGUGUAAAUCUCUUGGUUGUUCCUGAAGAUUUCGAUAUCUCAGACCAAUCUGUACUCUACAAUGUGGAUGAACCAACUGUUCGAAGUCUCAAUGGUUGCCGAGUUGCUGAUCAAAUACUAAAACUAGUUCCCAAUGCUAAGCACUUCCGCACAACCCUUAGAUGUCUAAAGUUCUGGGCCAAAAGACGUGGUGUUUAUUCCAAUGUAACUGGAUUUCUUGGUGGAGUCAAUUGGGCUCUUUUGGCUGCUCGCAUUUGCCAGUUGUAUCCAAAUGCAAUCCCUAGUAUGCUUGUUUCUAGGUUCUUCCGUGUUUAUACACAAUGGCGUUGGCCAAAUCCUGUAAUGUUAUGUCCAAUAGAAGAGGAUGAACUUGGGUUUCUUGUUUGGGAUCCGCGCAAGAAUCCUAAAGACAGAACUCAUCAUAUGCCAAUCAUCACUCCUGCCUACCCUUGCAUGAAUUCUAGCUACAACGUCUCUCCAAGCACUCUUCGAGUAAUGAUGGACCAAUUUCAGAUUGGUAACAAGAUUUGUGAGGAUGUUGAGUUGAAUAAAGCACAAUGGCCUGCUCUUUUUGAGCACUACUUUUUCUUUGAGGCGUAUAAAAACUAUCUCCAGGUUGAGAUCGUAGCAGCAGAUAAUGAUGAUUUGCUAGCUUGGAAAGGUUGGGUGGAAUCCCGGCUUCGACAACUAACGCUAAAGAUAGAGCGGGACACCAACGGGGUGUUGCAGUGCCAUCCUUAUCCUCAUGAAUUUGUGGACAUGUCAAAGCCAUGCCCGCAUUAUGCCUUUUUCAUGGGUUUGCAGAGGCAAAAGGGUGUCAAAGUACAAGAAGGUCAACAGUUUGAUAUUCGUGGAACUGUUGAUGAAUUUAAGCAAGAUGUAAGAAUGUACUCUUAUUGGAGACCAGGCAUGGAUAUCUAUGUCUCGCAUGUUCGCAGGAAGCAAAUUCCUGCUUAUGUCUUUCCUGAUGGGCAUAAGAGACCGCGGCAAUCUAGAAAUACAACUCAACAUACUCCUGAGAAAGAUGCCAAAGGUUGCUCGUCUCCUGAAGAAAAGCAUUCAAAGAGGAAGCAGGAAAAUGAAACAGUUGAUGUACAGUCGGACAAACUGGGGAAACGUGCUUCUCUUAGUCCUCAAAUUAUAGGAUCUGUUUCUCCUGCAAGUGUUUCUAGUUGGUCAGGUGGAUCAUCACAGAUUAUCAUUCGUCAGGAGUCACUGGAGGAGGUUAAGACUGCUGGCCUUCAGAACAGACGUUCUGAUGAGAAAUCAACAGGGGAUAUUGUGGAGCAGAAACCAUGCCUUCCUGAGUGAAAUGAAAAAUUUCAGCCUGAUAGUUUAGAUAUCACAACGUCAAGGAAUAUGUCGCGGGUUAUAAAAGGAGGUUUUCUUCACCAGUCCUAUAUAACAUUCUUCCCUAGCCAGGAGGCGCUUAGUGCUCGUGAACAAUUUUCUAGAGGUGCCCCAGCUUCACAGGUUAUGCAGGAUGACAAAAGGCGGAGGAUGAUAAUGUGCAGCUGAUAGGACCAGGUAUACGAAUUUUGGGAGAGAGAGUUGAAAUGUGCUCGUACCAAAUUACGAAAUUCCGAACCUCUCUUGCAAGGUGAGGAGUCUCCAUGAGUUUUCGUGCAGUUGUCCGAUGGAAGUGAGAGACCGGAAGCUCUGAGUCUUUGCAGGGUGAUAUAAGCCAGACCAGAAUUCAUGCCCGUGGGGUGGAUGUCGAAGCAAGAAUGUAGUAGUGCAUGCACUACACUAGACAUCAAAGCAUCAGCAGCAUGCCAAAAACAACCUCGGCGCCAGAUCUACAUUGCUACAAAUCCAGCCAACUAAACAACCAGCAACCGGGGUUAACAGCAGCGUCAACAUCAUCCCCAAAACAGCAGCAGCUCCACCAAAUUAGCAAAAUCAAGAUUUUCCCCAGACAACAAAAAGUCGACAACAGCCAGAGAAAGUAGAACUAGAAAGCAGCACCAGAAUUUGCCAAAUCUGAAAUGACCAAUUUAGCAGCAUAGCUAUUGAGGUAACAGAAGUUUCAAAACUUGAGAGAGAGAGAGAGAGAGAACGCGGAGAAGAAUUUGUAAGCGGGUACAAUAAGAUGAUAGGAAAUAGUGUAUAGUUUUGCUGUUAAGACUUUUAAGUUACAUGCACUAGUAGUUUAAUGACUUUUUACACUGUCAGUAUAUAGAACUCCUCGCCCGCCUCCUUAAAAAGACCUGUUGUUUCCUAAAAGCACCACCAAAGCUAGGCUAUGGUCUUUUAUAAGAUCCACAAGUAUAUGUAACAUUGACUCUUGUGGACACUGGAUAUACCACAAAGUAUUAUGAUCCAUAUUGUACAUAAA